UUCUAGUUGUAGUUGAUGCCAUGGACGAUUUGAGAUGAAGGUGAUAAAGCCCACUGUUGUGAUUGCAAUCACACUAAGCAGCGUCUUUCUGUUUCUUCUUUUGUUCCCAGAAAAGCCGUCGUCUAGAGAAUCUGAGUCGAUGCCAUUGCCCCCCAUGGCUCGAAGCUUUAUUCUGUGGCUUCACGGUUUGGGUGACUCUGGCCCUGCCAACGAACCCAUCAAGACCUUAUUCACUUCUUCCCAAUUCAGAAACACCAAUUGGUCCUUCCCUUCUGCCCCUUCCGCCCCUGUCACUUGCAAUUAUGGUUCUAUAAUGCCUUCAUGGUUUGACAUUCUUGAGAUUCCUGUGACAGCUGAUUCUCCAAAAGACGAGAGUAGUUUGCUUAAUGCUGUUCGAAAUGUGCAUGCUACUAUAGACAAGGAAAUAGCUGCAGGCAUAAACCCUAACAACGUGUUUAUCUGUGGAUUCAGUCAAGGAGGUGCCUUGACCUUGGCUAGUGUUCUACUGUACCCUAAAACUUUAGGUGGAGGUGCAGUCUUUAGUGGCUGGGUUCCAUUUAAUUCGUCAUCUAUCAUAGAACAAAUUACACCGGAGGCAAAGAGGACACCCAUAUUAUGGUCCCAUGGGCUAGUUGAUAGGACAGUAUUGUUCGAGGCCGGACAAGCAGGUCCCCCCUUCCUUAAACAAGUUAGCGUUGGAUGUGAGUUUAAGGCUUAUCCUGGUCUUGGCCACUCGAUAAACAGCGAGGAGCUGCGGCAUCUCGAGUCCUGGAUCAAGUCACGCCUAAGUAGUUCUUCCUAAUAGUUAUUUCAGCCUAUAUCGUAUACUUAACAACUCAAUAAUUUGCAUGUAUGGACCCCUUGAUCAGUUGACCCAUUUGCAUUUUAUUAUUGCUCUUGCUGAUGUUUAACAGGAAUCGAAAUCGUUAGCUUUUACCGCCCCCGCCCCCCCUGCGUCGCUUUCUCUCUC